AUGCAUAUCCAAACGACCGCGCAAGACAAUUCUUCUUCUUUCUUCAAGUACCAGAUGCGUGCGACUCCAAGCCACAAGGGACUGAGCCGAGACACCGAAGUGCGCGCUGACGCUGGACGGCGUCGUGGAAAGCCUUGA